CCUCCCUCGGAUAUUUCGACGCGAUGGACGAGGCGACGCUGAGCGCCGUGCGCGCGGCGAUGAUGACCGCGAAGACCCCGGGCGCGUACGAUAAGGUCUACAAGGACGAGUGCGUGUACAGCUACGACACGCCGCUGUCCCCGACGGGGCUGUACGUAAACCUCUCCACGCACCACGGCGUCGGCGAGGCGCACCUCGCGCUCGAUCACGAAAAGACGGGCAACGUCCUGUACCUCCAUCAGCGAUGGGUCAAGACGCCGAAGCCCGCGGCCGCGGCCGCGGCGGUCCCCACGAAGAUGGCGAUCGGCGUCGAGGGCGGGUUCGCCCUCGACGAGGACGCCGCGAAGUACGACGUCGCGAAGCAUCAUUCGCUCGUCGUCAUGCCGACGAAGACCUUCGUCUCUCUCCCGUGCGACGACCUCCCGACGGUCGUGCUGAACGCCGUCGACGGCGUGUUGCGGCACGCGGGGUUCCACGACCAAUCGGAAGUCGCCGCGUGGAGCGAGGAGCGGCGCGAGAGCAAGUACGCGCGGACGCUGACGCAGGAGCCGAGCGAGGGGCGGAAGAUCUCCCCGGACAAGUCCAGCUGGCGUUGCGUCGACACCGGCGCCGUCGAGAACCUGUGGCUGAACCUCGGCGACGGGCACAUCGGCAGCGGACGGCAGCACUGGGACGGCUCGGGCGGGAACGGCAGCGCGCUGCGGCACUACGAGGAGAUGCGAGCGAAGGGGAAGGAGUACCCGCUCGUCGUGAAGCUGGGCACCAUCGCCCCCUCGGGCGCCGACGUCUACUCCUACGCGCCGGACGAGGACGACAUGGUCGAGGACCCGCUGCUCGCGGAGCACCUCUCGCACUGGGGCAUCGACGUCAUGACGAUGGAGAAGACGGAGAAGUCCAUGGCGGAGCUGCAGAUCGACCUGAACAAAGGGUUCGAGUUCGACAAGAUCACCGAAUCGGGCGCGGAGCUCGAGUCCGUGAGCGGGCCCAACUUAGUCGGGCUCGCGAACCUCGGGAACACGUGUUACGUCGCGUCCGUCGCGCAGGUCUUGAAGACGCUCCCCGCCGUCGUGGACCGGUACGUCGCGCCCGCGAUGGACCUCGCGAGGGGCGCGCCCGCGGACGUCACGUGCGACUUUCCCGCGCAGAUGAGCAAGCUGUGCGUAGGGUUGGUCACGGACAAGUACGCGAGCGCGGAAUCAGCGGUGAACGCCGGCGCGCAUGAAUCGGCGGUGAACCCGCGCAUGUUCAAGAACCUCGUCGGCAGAGGCCACGCGGAGUUCAGCACGGGGAGGCAGCAAGACGCGGUCGAGUUCUUUCAGCACCUCCUCGAGCAGAUGACCAGGGAAGAGCACAAGGCGAAGGCGCGCCUGGGCGACGCGCCGCCGACGGCGUCGCAGUUUGAGUUUGAAGUCGAGGAGAAGACGACGUGCGUCGAGAGCGGCGCGGUGCGAUAUGUCACGCGGAGAGAUAACGUGCUGCCUCUGGACGUCCCCGUCGAGUCGGCGACGAACGCGGCGGCGGUGAGCGAGUUCAAGGAGCGCGAGCUGAAGCGACAGAAGACGUCUUCGGAGGGGAGCGGUGGCGGUGGCGGCGGCGGAAAAGAGAAGGCGGACGACGAAGAGCCGGUGCGGCCGGUGGUGCCGUUCGACGCGUGCGUCGCUAAAAUCGCCGCGCCGGAGCUCGUGGACGAUUUUUACAGCACCGCGCUCGGUCGCAAGGGCACGGCGUCGAAGACGACGCGCAUGAAGACGAUGCCGAACGUCCUCGCGGUGCAAGUGCGGAGGUACUACGUCGCGGAGGACUGGACCGCGAAGAAGCUCGACGCGCUCGUGCCGAUGCCGACGACGAUGGACUUGGAGUCUUCGCUUCGCGGCCGCGGGAUGCAGCCGGGGGAGACGCCGUUGCCAGACCCGGAGGGACCGGCGAGCGCGGAGGCUGCUGCUGACGGGAAAGGAAACGGCGCGGAGAUCGUCGCGCAGCUCGUGUCGAUGGGGUUCAGCGAAAACGGAUCGAAACGCGCGGCGAUCGCGACGAACAACGUCUCCGCCGACGGCGCCAUGGAGUGGGUCUUCGCGCACAUGGAGGACGCGGACUUCAACGACCCGCCUACGGCGGUUACGUCCGCCCAAUCCGCGGCCGCCACGUCACCAGCAUCGGUAGUGGGAACCAAUCCGGAGUCGCUGAUGAUGCUGACGUCGAUGGGGUUCGCGGACGUGCACGCGACGGCGGCGCUGAAGCGCUCGGGCGGGGACGUCGAACGCGCCGCGGACUGGCUCUUCUCGCACUCGGACGACCUCGACGCCGCGUGCGCGGAGGUCAUGAGCGGCGGUGGCGACGACGGGAACGGCGUUGGUAACGGCUCAUCAGGAGGCGUUUCUCCCCCCGAGUCUCCCGUCGUCGACGGCGUCGGGAGAUACGAACUCUUCGGCGUCGUGUCGCAUCUCGGAUCCAACACCGCGUGCGGGCACUACGUCGCGCACGUCCUCGUGGACGGGACGUGGUGCAUAUUCAACGAUCGCAAGGUUGCGAAGAGCGCGAACGUGCCGCUGGACCUGGGGUACCUGUACUUUUACCGUCGCACCGCGUGA